AAGAGUGCCAACGCACGUCCUAGUUGAGUCGGCGCCGUCCCUCGUCCAUGAGCGACAUGAUUACUCGAUUUAGCUAAAGAGCGUGCUCCCUUCAUGCUCACGGGUAUAUGCAAGUCCGUCAAAACUCCAUUCGUGCUACCGUUGACGAUCUUCUGCAGGAUCCUAAUAAUAGAGCGGUUCAUGUUGAGUGGCACGACCAAGGCACGACGCACAGAGUCUUGUGCGAAAAUAUAAUUUACCUGUGGGUCUGGACGACUCGACCGUCUGUGCGCCGACGAGACGGUCAACUCGUCUGUCAAUGGACAGCCUUGGUGUCAGUCGCCAUGCGGGCAUUCUUGGCCUCUCAUCGACAUUGUGGGCGCUCGUCAGAAGGGCAGAUGGUACACAGCCCUCUUCGACCUCAUGCAUCAGAACACGAACGAAACCCUGCCUCGAGAGUAGGAAAUGUACUUCUGCAUUUAGGUCGUCCAUGUCCCGUGUUCUACUACAGAAGGCAGUGUGGCGCGAACACCGAGCGCUGCGCAACUGAACAGUUCGACCGUCGAUCCUGUGCGUUCCCUCGACUCGGGUCCGCCCUCGUACUAAUUCAAAGACGCAGUCUCUCGCCCUCGAGUCCGCAGGUCGUCCGCCACUUCCGCUCCUGUCGUUCUGCGCCUGCUCUGCGCUUCCCACCCGACUGCCACCGCUGCUGGCGAUCUACGACGCUCAGAGUCUACCAUCUAUCCUAACGUUUGCCGUUGUUGCCUUGCCCGACUCGUGGCUGCCAAGUUCACGGGUUUCACGGGUGCGAUCUCGGCGGAGUGGUGUCUGCACGACAUAACCUGAUACUUUCGCA